CACACUGGGGAGAGGCCGUUCACCUGCUUGGACUGUGGGAGGGGAUUCACUCAGUCAUCCCACCUGUUGGUACACAAGUCAGUUCACACUGGGGAGAGGCCGUUCACCUGCCCAGAUUGUGGGAAGGGAUUCACUCGGUCAUCUGAACUAAAGGUACAUCAGCGAGUUCACACUGGGGAGAGGCCAUUCACCUGCUUGGACUGUGGGAAGGGAUUCAGUCAGUCAUCUAACCUACUGGUACACAUGUCAGUUCACACUGGUGAGAGGCCAUUCACCUGCUCGGACUGCGGGAAGGGAUUCACUCGGUCAUCUACCCUAAUGGCACACCAGCGAGUUCACACCGGGGAGAGGCCGUUCACCUGCUCGGAUUGUGGGAAAGGAUUCACUUUGUCAUCUCAGCUACUGGGACACCAGUCAGUUCACACAGCGGAGUGGCCAUUCACCUGCUCAGUCUGUGGGAAGGGAUGCACUUGCUCAUCCCAACUGAAGGCACACCAGCGAGUUCACACCGGGGAAAGGCCAUUCACCUGCUCAGACUGUGGAAAGGGAUUCACUUGGUCCUCUCACCUGCAAGCGCACCGGUUAGUUCACACUGGGGGGUGGCCAUUCACCUGCUCAGUGUGUGAGAAGGGAUUCAGUUGGCCAUCUCACCUGCAGAGACACCAGCGAGUUCACACAGGGUACAGGCCGAUCAGCUGCUCAGACUUUGGGAAGAGAUUUUCUCAGCCAAAUCAACCAAAUUUGCAUCAUUGAGUUCACACUGGGGAGAGGCCGUUCACCUGCUGUGAAUGUGGUAAAGGAUUCAUUCAGUUAUCUAUCCUUAUGACACACUACCAGGUUCACACUGGGGAAAGGCCAUUCACCUGGUGUGAAUGUGGAAGCGAUUCACUCAGUCAUCUUGCCUAACAUAACUCUCGCUUCAGCUAGCAGCUUAAUAUAGGGGGUGAUAGCCCCCAGCCCAGCCAAACUUAAAAAAUCUUGUUUGGGUGGAUGCUGCGCGAUGCCUCCCCUGUUACAAAUCAGUACCCUGAAAUAACAAACAGUACACAAUAUGUGAUUAAACGAUUGAGCUUUAUAAUUCUGACUUUGACUAUAGGGUUAGUAAAGAAAACAAAAAAAAAGAGAAAAAGGGCCCACUCUCUCCAUUCACGUCUUCUCAUCUCUCCCCAGCAAAAGACCACGAAAAUCUCUCUUCCAGACUCACAAGAGAGAACAUUUCUGUCAUUGGAUAGCCCCGCAUUCAAAACCCUGUUAUCUUUAGUCGUAACCUAAACAUUGCUGCUACAGAGAAACCGUGAUGUUACUAUUGUGUCCACUCUUCUUCUGAAAGUUUAUUUAAGUAAUCUAGUAAAUUGUCUGGCAGCCUUUUUGCUUUUCUGUUUUCGAUUUGUUUUGUCCGUGCUCUUUAUCUUCAAUAUAUUUUGUCUUUGUAAAAUUGAAAAUUGUAAAUAAAGUAAUUUUAAAAAAGAACGCAUUACCUCAGCAGUGAAACAUUGCAGAGAGGCCAUUACAUUAGCAGUGAAACCUUACAGCAUUUUACACUUGUGACACACUACCGGGUUCACACCGGGGAGAAAGUUUCAAUAAGCUGCAUGCUGGAUAUUUGUCCAUCGCCGUUGCUGAAUGCUAUUUCAACAGUGACUGUUGGUGCUGAACUCUGCAAUUAUUGCUGCUGCUCAUCACACCCAGUUCUGCACCCUGGUCACUGGGAAUGGGACGAGUUUCUUCUGCUGCACAUUCACCUCUCAUGGGACUGGAGUUUAAUAUUCUGGAUCUGAGACAAAUAAAUCAGUUCUAUUUUAAACUCUGUCUCUGGUACUUAGUAAAUUUAUAACAAAAUUAGUAUGCAGGAGAGAGUCAACUCAGGCUGGCUGCACCCUGCCAGUGAUUCAGUUCCACAACAGUCCUUUUAAAUCCUCCCCUGUUCCCCUUUCGCUCUCCCUGUGAUGAUGGGUUCCAAACAGUCACCACUCUAUGGGUGAAGAGGUUUCUCUUGAAAUUCCUGCGGACUGAAGAAGUCGAGCCGA